CCAUGCCCAAGUGUACGAUUCCAUUUCCUUCUUUCUUUAGACCCUUUGCGUUUGCUUCAGCUCUCAGAGAGAGAGAGAGAGAGCAUUACUUUCUUUGUAGUGUGUGCGUGGGAGUGGGAGUGGCAGUGGGAGAGAGUGGUAUUCCAACGUCGAAAGCAAAGCAGAGGCCAUAAAGAGAUGAUGAGUUCAGAUUUGCUUUAAAAACCAUUCUCUCUUAAUUACUCUCUCUGUUUCUCUGUGACUGUCUUUCUCUCCUAUCUCUUUGCUCUCUCUGAGGAUGUAAAAACUUUCAAGCAACUUCCAAGGCUCGCAUAUUGUGAGAGGGAAGAUGUAUUUUCGAUCCAUAAAGGAAUCAUUGCUAUCAUGAGAGUAGACCCAGACCCAGAAUUUACCUUGGAAGUCAAGAUCUUACCAUGGAACUUAAAUUCUAAGCCUAGAAAAAGUUACCACCUAUUGUUUCCGUGCUGAUAUGGCUGUUGGACCUAGUGCUUGCUAGUGGAGCCGUGAAGGACAAUAAUGAGAUAGAGAGACAAAGAUGAAAGGACCAAUACUGGAAAAGGUGGAGAAUCAGUACUCUUGAACAUUGGUGAAUCUUAACAGCAAACUAGCGAGUGCCAAUUCCCUCUUGAAAGACAUCAACUUGAUUUGCCAAAGGUUUGAACGAAAUGGCAAAAGUUUGCUGGCCAUACUUUGAUCCUGAGUAUGAGAACUUCAGCACCAGAAUUAAUCCUCCAAGGGUGUCUGUAGACAACAUUAGUUAUCCUGACUGUACUCUAAUCAAGGUUGACAGUGUUAACAAACCAGGAAUUCUGUUGGAAGUUGUGCAAAUCCUGACAGAUCUUGACCUCAUUAUUACCAAGGCUUACAUCUCCUCUGAUGGUGGAUGGUUCAUGGAUGUAUUUCAUGUCACGGAUCAACAAGGAAACAAGAUAACAGAUAACAAAACCAUCGACUACAUAGAGAAGGCUUUAGGACCAAAUGGCUACAACAUGGAGAGUGUGAAGACUUGGCCAGGCAAAAAGGUUGGGGUGCACUCAGUUGGUGAUCACACAGCCAUUGAGCUCAUUGGAAGGGACCGCCCAGGUCUUUUAUCUGAGAUCUCUGCUGUCCUUGCCAACCUCCAAUUUAAUGUGGCUACAGCUGAAGUAUGGACACACAAUAGCCGGAUAGCAUGUGUUCUUUAUCUCAAUGAUAAUUCCACAAAUCUUGCCGUGGAUGACCCAACCAGAUUAUCUGUUAUGGAGGAGCAACUCAAGAACAUCUUACGGGGGUGUGAGGAUGACAAGAAAGUAGGCCGCACAAGUUUCUCCAUGGGGUUCACCCAUGUUGAUAGAAGACUCCAUCAGAUGUUUUUUGCUGAUAGGGAUUAUGAAGGAGGUGGAGUGACAACUGAGGUUGACUAUCCUCCUUCCUUCAAACCAAAGAUUACAGUUGAGCGUUGUGAGGAAAAAGGGUACUCAGUCAUCAGUGUCCAGUGCAAAGAUCGUGCAAAACUGAUGUUUGACAUUGUGUGCACACUAACAGACAUGCAAUAUGUUGUUUUCCAUGCCACCAUUUCAUCAGAUGGCCCCUACGCAUCACAGGAGUAUUUUAUUCGUCACAUGGAUGGGUGCACACUGGAUACUGAAGGAGAGCAGGAAAGAGUCAUCAAAUGUCUUGAAGCUGCAAUUCAAAGAAGAGUAUGCGAGGGUCUAAGCCUAGAACUCUGUGCAAAGGAUAGAGUAGGCUUACUUUCUGAAGUAACAAGGGUUUUGCGAGAGAAUGGGUUGACAGUCAGCAGAGCGGGUGUGUCAACAGUUGGGGAGCAAGCAUAUAAUGUUUUCUAUGUUAGAGAUGCUUCUGGGAACACAGUGGAUGCGAAGACUAUUGAAGCACUUCGCAAAGAAAUAAAGGACACAAUCAAGCUUAAUGUGAAGAAGAUCCCAACAAGUGCAAAGGCACCCGAGGCCAAUGGAUGGGCCAAAACAAGCUUCUUUUUUGGAAACUUGUUGGAGAAAUUCUUAGCUUGAAAGUUAUGUCCAUAUGGCUUUAACAGACGCAUAUUUGACCUGUAUAGAAUAAUGAAGCUAGUUGACUUUGUUAUCAUCGUGAGCAGGCCUUGUAUAAUUGCAAUAAACAUGAAUGCUUGCAAGUUAUGUUGUUUGGAUAUUUGCUUCUUUCCUUUUCUUUUAUAU